AUGAGCUACAUUGCCAACCCGGGAAUUUUUGAAGUCGACUUGGUAUUUCCACGCAAUACUACAUAUACCCCACAGGCGCUGAUGCCCAUCGUGUGGGCGCUACAGAAUCCAAGCAUGGCUCCCCCGUUGGCGAGCUCAAUUACCUGGAACCUAUGGGAAGGCAACAACCAUAGCUCACCAGGCUCCGUCGGCGGGGGACUCAUUGAGCUGCUUGAGGAGAUCACUUCCAGUGAACAGCUGAUCUCGAAGUUCUUCAACACCAUUGCCUACCCAGAUGGACAUUGGACUUUGACUUGGACUCUGGAGAUCUUCAAUUGCACUCAGUAUACGGGCCAGUCCCACUCCCUCAAGAAAACUGGUUCUACCGUCUUUACGAUUAGUAAAUCGGGCCAGGAACCCGAUCUGGUGGCCGCCACUGCUGCCGAUCAAUGUAGCGCGAUGGAAGCAUAUGCGUUCAACGUGACAUCCUUCGGUGAUGCUUGUGGUCAUCUCGGCCAGACUCCAAACACCAGUCCGUGCGCCGUGAACAUGAGCUCGUCAGCCGCCUCCAGUCUAUACGCCUCGGCCACCGCCGCGGCCUGUGCACCCAAUGCUUCCCUGAAUGCCAACGUGACCUGUCCGACCAGCACCAGCAAGUCUUCUGCCGAUAAUCCUGCGAGUCGAUCGCACAUGGCCACAGUACCGGUCUUGUUGAUGCUGCUGGUCACGGUAACCAACUUGAUUUAUCUUAGGUGA